AUGAUAAUUUUUAGAACAUUAUUGAAAUAGAGAUUUUCUACUCACUCUAAUUUACUAAAUUUUGCAUUUCGAGAAUCUUUUGAAAAUGAAUCAGAUAGUGAUAUUGAUAUUUUUGAUAUCCCAAAUGAGAAUGUGAAAGUUGUGACAAACGAACAAGAAUUGAUGGCGCUUAUUAGUCAACAUGUAGAUCCUAAAAUCUUAAUCGAUAUAUUUAACUAGAAUAAAAAAAUAUUUGGCAUUUAGCAUUCAUUACUUACUAUUCGUAUUAUUGCUCAUUUUUUAAAUUCUGUUAAAAUUUAUCAAAAUGAACCCACUUUUCAGAAAGGAAUGAAAGAAAUUUCAACAUUACUAAACAACAACCUCAAUUAACUUACUCCAAUAGAUUUGCUUGAAUUACUAUGUUUUAAAUCUAAAUAUCAAUUAAAAGGACAAUAAUAAUUGCUGAAUAAUGUAGAUGAUAAAAGUUUAUCGAAUUCUUUAAAUAAGACUUUGAAAGAUUGCAAUGAUUUCAGUAUUAGACAUUAUAUAAACAUAUGGUAUGAUUCCUAAGUAAUAAACAUGUUUUUACCUUAAAUUCACUAAUUAGUUUAAAAUAGAUUAAAUACUGAACCUCUUUCAUCUAUGGAAGUAGUUCUUUUAGUAAGAUGUGAAAUGAUGAAAUCUCAAAAAAGAAAAUUUGUUAAUUCAGAAUUAGUUGAAUUUUGUAUUUCUCAUUAUGAUGCUAAUUUUCUCUAUUAUGAUUUCUAACAAGUCACUCAAUUUUACAUAAUGUUACUUAAAAUGAAAUAUUAAUAUUUAAAUCCAUAUUUAGAGUCGCAUCCAAUUAUCAUCAAAAUGAGAUAAUUUUUAAUAGAAAAUCUAAAUAAGAUGGAUGAACAUACUAUCUUAUCAAUUGUUAAUAAUUAUUAAUUGUUGCCUCUUGAAGUUGCUCCAGAUUUAGAAAUUAAAAUUAAAGAAUUUUUGUUGAAAUAACUAAAAUAAAAACCUUAAAAAAUAACAAUUAAUUUUAUUUAAUAAAUUUUAAUAAAUCUUGAACCGAUAUGUACAUAAUAAGAAGUUGAAAGAUUAAUUGAUGAAAUUAUUUAAAGGUUAUAAUAGGAGAUUAAUUCACAUACAAUUCAAUAAGCCAAUAAAUUGGCAUAAAUUAUUUUAACUUUUAGAAAAUUAAAAUUUGCAAAUAAUUACAUGUAAAAAUUAAGUGUUUUUUCAGAUUAUAUAAAAUAAGUAUGUAAAUUUUCCUUUCUAGAAAAUGGUCUUCUAUAUUUGAGAUUUAUAUGUGGAUAAGAAGUUGAUUCCUUGAUUACUGAAGAAAAAGCAAUGCUUCACCCUUUCCAUUCAUAUGCUGUUAUUAAAAAUGAUAAGCUUAAAUCUAAAUUACAGUAUUAUUUAAUUAAAAAAAUCAAAGAUAAUCCAAUAAAAGUAAUAAAUGAAAUUUUGAAUUUCUAAUUUUACGAAUCUUAAAUUUUUGAAGAUUUGCUUCCUACACUUAUAAUAGAAUUUAUGAGAAAAACUCAUUAUUAAGAAAGAUAUUUACCAUUAUUAUUUAAAUUGUUAAAUGAUGUUAAUUCAUUAAAUCUCUUAAAAGAUUGUCUUUCCUACAAAAGGUAAGACAUCUACCGAUUAGCUUUAAGAUAGCACAAUUUAACUGAGUUACAAGCCUAAAUAUUUGGUGCCCGACUUAUAUAAUAAAUAGAAAAAUAUCAUCGACAUGGUGUUUUGAAUGUAAUUUUAAAUUCUAAUCUAAUAAUCUUGGUUGGAAAAAAGAAUCCAGAACUUUUAGCUGCUCUAAUGAGUAUUAUAAAAUAGUAAAAUGAUGGACUUCAAACUUAUUCGUUUUGUAAAUACUUAAAAGAUUACUAAGUGGAUUAUAGAAAAGUACUCUAACAUUCGCAACGCAGAGCUAGAUUAGAAAAAAUAGAAGAACUUUAUAAUUAAGAAAAAUGUGUUGAGAAGAGAUUGAUGUUAUUAUACAUAAUUUUUUUUAACUGA